AUGGCGGUAGACAGCGAAGGUGUCGCCCAGGCUACGAUAUGUGAUGCCGCCACCAGAACAGACAUCAUCGAUCAGCCAGGCAAAAAGGCCAACGAACUCCGCGACAAGGCCCUAGGUCUGGACCUCAUCCUCAUCGAGAUUAUCUGCAGUCUUUCGCCUGCCGACAUGCAGCAAGCAAAGAAGAACAGCAAACAAGCUCGUCUCGCCAGUACACUUACGCCAACCACGACGACUGCACACACAGAUGAACCGGAUAGCAGGUUCCUCGCAGAUCGCACUGCGUGCUGCGAGCCGUGCUACACCACCUCCAAGCUUGCGUACAACCCGGCGCUCUCCUGGAUAUACCUUGCCGCUUGUCCCGGGGGACUUAGACACUUUCAGCUCGAUCAGGAGAAAGAGACGGUUCCGGGCGAGAUCAACGGCGUGCUCGAAGAGUUCGUGACUAGCCCACGCUGCAGUGCGGUGACUGUCAAGGCAGAUUUCUGCGACGGCGCCGGCAAUGAAGCUGACCUGCACUGCAUGGUGUACGUUCCGACUGGGGUGAAGGUCAAGGAUGUGGUGUGGUACAGUGGCACUUUGCAGGAUGAGCUCAAGAAGGAGGGCAAGCAUUGUGAUGGACUGAUCGGAGAGGUGGCUUGGGUUGGUGGAAGCGAUCAUGCCUGGAUCCACACGACGGUGUUGGGGGAGGACCAGGAUGAUUUUGAUUGA